UGCCUACAUCUGUACACUAUCCUCUUGUGCAUUGAUGGUGUGUGUGUUGGGUUGGGUGUAAGUGAAGGCUAAUUUUCUUCUGUACCUGGAUAGCUUAAGCAUGAUUAUUGCAAUCAUAUAGUAGGCUUGUCAUUGAAUGUUCAGACACCUACCCAAAAUGGAUUGGUAUAUUGUCUUUCGAGGGUUUGAUUUGGUUCUCCAUUUUUUUUUUUUUUUGGGCAUGUUGAGAUUGGUAAGACUAUGGUUUCAAGCAUGAAAUGGAUUGGAAAUGGUGUGUGAAUUUUGGUCCACAUCCAUUUAUUUUCUGCUUUGGUCUGAAUCUAAGGUCCUGAUCACUUCAGACCUUGCCAAUGUCAAGAUUCUACUUGUGAGCGACUGGCUCAUUUCAACAAAAAGAAGUAAAAUUCUUUGAGCAGAGAGUUUUUGCAUUAAUAGCCAUCAAUGCAUAGUAGUGUCCUCUUCUUGAGCUCAUUCAAUGUGCAUGUUAAAAACAAACAAGCUUAUUGUUCUUAGACAUUUUUUUGGGGGGAAUUUUCAGAAAACAAUUCUCAAAAAUUGUCAAUCAAUUAUGCUUUUUGUAUAGUUUUUUAAUUUUUAAUUAUCAAAAAGUAAGAAUAUUAUUAUUAAAAGACUGAACCAAACAGACUCAUUGUUUCUGGUUUAGAACCGGUUUAAUUACAAACCCAAUUUACUAUCCGUGUGGAGGGUAUUUUUAUAAUUUGAAAAAAAAAGAAUCAUAAAAUCAAAGGAAUAUAUAAAUUUUCAUUUUUAAACAAUUAGUACAUUAAAUAAGAAUUUUUGGAAAAAAAAUAUUCUUAUCAAAGGAAUAUUUAUCAUUACUAUUAUUUUUUUUAGGUAAAUUAUUAUUACUAUUAUUUUGAACCAACUAUUACAUUAAUUAAAAGUUUUCUAGAAAAAUAAUACCAAAAAAAAAAAAAAAAAAAAAAAAGCUUCUUAAAUCGAUGCCAAGUUUCUUUUAGGCCCGUUUGGCAUGUGUUUUGUUUUUGCUAUUUUUAUUUUUGGGCUACUACAAUGUUAAUUUUAGUAACAGAAACAUAUUUAGUGCGGCCUUAUUUUAUUUUACAUAGUAUUAAAACACUUUGUGAACUGUGGUCCAAAACUAAAACACCAAAAAAAUUAUUUUCAAAACCAAAACACUCAAAAAUUAUUUUUUCUUAUUUUGACAACUAUUCAUGACCCAAAACUAUAACAGUAAGGCAACAAAAGCCCUAACAUUUUUGUUCCCAAAUGCGCUUUCAAUUUUUUUUCAUAACACUCUUAUAGAAAAAUACUAUCUCUGUUUUAAUCAAAAACAAAACCUUUAAUCAAAGCACAUGCUAAUAAUACUUAGCACGUUCAAAGGAGUAAAGAAGAAGCAAAAAAAAAAAAAGGUUAUUGAAAUGUAAAAAAUUCUUUUGAUAUUUAUUUUCUUAUAAAUGAUGGGAUUCACAACUGGACCCAUUUUCAUUGUACCACUCUGGUUAAAAUGCCAGUUUUACCCUUGGAGCUCACGAGCAAUGCAAAGCAAAAGAUUGCUGUCCUUUUGCCGUACAAUAACCACCUUUACAUCCAAACAAGCCAUAACCAAACCACUCUCUACUCUCCUACUCGACUCAUACUGCGAAACCGAUUCUCAAGCUUAUGUAUUUUCACAUAACAGAGCCAUCAAUGAUCAAAUAAAAUCUGGGUUUCUACAUUCUGCAGUCAAACUGUUCGAAGAAAUGCCUAUACGAGAUGUUGUUACAUGGAACUUGAUAAUUUCUGGGCAUAGCCGUUGUGGGCUUCCAGGACAAGCUCUGUACCUUUACAAUCAAAUGCUUUCUUAUGGAAUUAAAGAAAGCUCUUCGACAUUUUCAUCCGUUUUGAGUAUGUGUGCCAAUGCCGGGUUCUAUCAGGAAGGACUUCAAGUUCAUUGCAGGGUGCUACUUUCAGGAUUCAGUAAGAAUAUGUAUGUUGGGAGUUCACUUAUUGAUCUAUAUUUGCAUAUGGGUCUUGUUGAUAUUGCUUUGUGGUUGUCUAAUGACUUGCCAGAACGAAACUUAGCAAUAUGGAAUUUGGUUUUACGUGGGUUUUGUGAAUUGGGUAUGUCAAAUGAGUUAUUAGGAUUGUAUGGUGAAAUGAAAUUGGAGGGUGUUCAGCCUAAUGGGCUUAGUUUGUGUUAUUUGAUUCGCGGCUGUGGUAAUGAGCGGUUUCUUAAUGAAGGAAAGCAGCUACAUUGUUGUGCAAUUAAAUUUGGAUGGUUAGAGUCAAAUUUAUUUGUUGCUAAUGCUUUGGUGGAUCUUUACUCUGCUUGUGGGGUUGUAAUUGAUGCUAAGAAAUCAUUUGAAAUCAUUUCAGAAGAGGAUGUGAUUUCUUGGAACUCCAUUGUUUCUGUUUAUGCUGAAAAUGGUUUUCCGCGUGAUGCUCUUGAAUUUUUUAAUAGGAUGCAGUUAUGGGAGAAGAGGCCAUCGGUUCGAUCUUUUAUGGGGUUUUUGAGUUUGUCUAGUAGUACCGAGAAUCUUAUACUAGGGAGGCAAACACACUGUUAUUUAUUGAAAUUAGGUCUUGAUUGUGGAAGUGUUCAUGUUCAAUCUGCUUUGAUUGAUAUGUAUGGAAAAUGUGGUCAAAUUGAGAGUUCUGUAUCAAUUAUUGAGGGUGUGCCUGAGAGAACCAAAGAGUGUUGCAACUCACUAAUGACCUCUUUACUGCAUUGCAAUGUCAUCGAAGAUGUGGUUGAGAUGUUUGGUUUGAUGCUUGAUGAAGGAAUUGGACUUGAUGAAGUCAGUUUCUCCACGACGCUGAAAGCAUUAUCAGUUUCUGCUUCAGGAAGCUUGGCUAGCUGCAGAUUGGUGCACUGUUGUGUGAUAAAAUUAGGUUUCGAAUAUGAUACUGUUGUAUCAUGUUCACUUAUUGAUGCAUAUUCAAAAUCUGGUCAUAUUGAACUUUCUCUGCAGGUUUUUGAAAAACUUUCUUCACCAAAUGUGGUCUGUUUCACAUCGAUUAUCAACGGAUAUGCCCGAAAUGGAAUGGGAAGAGAAGGUCUCAAAAUGCUUGAGACUAUGAUCCAGAAGGGUUUGAAACCUGAUAAAGUCACGUUUUUGUGUGUAUUAACGGGGUGCAACCACUCAGGGCUACUUGAAGAAGGAAGACUGGUGUUUGAUUCAAUGAGAAUUGUUCAUGGGAUUGAUCCUGACCGGCAGCAUUAUUCUUGUAUGGUGGAUCUUCUUGGUCGUGCAGGUUUACUGGAUGAAGCGGAGAAGUUGUUGCUACAAGCGCCAAUAAAGGGUGAUCCCGUGCUGUGGACCUCACUGUUGCGGAGUUGUAGGGUUUACCAAAACGAAGGUGUGGGAAGGAGAGCAGUGAAAAUACUGAUGGAGCUUGAGCCAGAGGAUCCUGCAGCUUUGCUGCUAGCUUCAUGUUUUUAUUCUGAAAUAGGGGAAUUUGAAGCUUCAAUGCAUAUCAAAGAGGUGGCAAUGGCCAGAAAGAUGAGUAGGGAGAUAGGUUACAGUUCAAUUGAGGUGAAUGGUAACAGUUAUCAGUAACAUCUUGCAUCAAAAGAUACAUAGAACAAAUUGGCCAUUCUCUGGAAAAAUGCUCAAAUUAGCACAUUUCACUGGAAGUUCAAAUUCAUGUUGGCUAUUUUGAAGUCUCCAUCAGCGUGAAGACUUGGCCAUGCUCUGAUCAUUCUUAUUAUUGAUAUGGAUCAAUCAUUAUUGUAAAAUUUAUGUGAUACCUGGGAAAGAAAUUUUGAGGAUUGGCAUGAGAAAUUUGACUGGUGAAUGCAACUGCUCUGGACCACUGGUUGAGGAGUAAAGUGAAGGAAACAAUUUAUCAAUGGUAUACCUGUUCUUGGAAAGGUUGAAAGCUUGGACGUGGAGAUGAGGAAGAAUAUUUUGACUCCUUAUCAUGGGUAUGUGAACUAGCAUUAUUCUGGUGUAUCCGGCUUUGGUGCGAAUGAAGAUGGAAUUUCAGAUAAUACACAGGUACGUGAGUCUUGGGAGCCAGCAUGGGAAGUAGAAAGCCUCCGGAAGGACAACUCCACAGGCAUUGGGUUCAAAAUUCCUAAAGGAAGAGCAAUAAUUGCCUCAGGAUUACGACUUGUUAGGGAGGCUUUGAUUAUGUGCAUUCAGUACAUUACCAAAUCUAGGAAUGGAAAAAAGACGAGUCGUUUACGAGAACAUCAGUUGGACCUCAAAGAGCAAAAGGACCACGAAAUUCCCUUGCAGUGACAGAGUCCUGAACACCAUCAACUAAGAAUGGCACUGCUGAGACACACUGCAACUAGGCCAAAGGGUGUUGAUAUGUGCUAUCUUCAUCUUAAUGCUUGAGUCAAACACACAGUUGAGCUUACAAAAUCGAGCAAAGAGGACCUCUUUGAUAUUGAGCUCUCAGUACCGAAGGUUUUAGCCCAGUGGUACUUCCUCAUCUUCUAAAGUAGAAGAACGAAAGUUCAAGCCCUCGUAGGGACAAAUGGGCAUGUAAUUGUAUUUCUUGUCAAGGCAUAGAUCGGACGGAACUUGAGUUGGGUGCCACAUGUUUUGUGAGUGAUCAACUUGGACUGAAUUGACCCAAGCAGAACAUCAUUCAUUUUGAAAUCAUAAUGAUCAAUCGUUACAUGUUUGUCAAUAUCGCAUAUAUGUUCGAAGAUUGAUGUAAUCGAUGUCUACACAUGAAAAUUCAGUUGAAAAUUUUAGUUGGA